CCUUCGUGUACGCUUUACUCUCAUUCUUCGUUCGCCUAGCUGCGUUGCUGUAACUUUCACUAGCGCAUUUCAUACAAAACACACACGUAAAAAUGGGCUCUGGCAAGCAACAGAAAGUGCAAUCGUCUGGUUUCACCAAGGAGGAGGAGCUGCUGCUGCAGGACUUCAGUCGCAAUGUCACCACGAAAUCGGCGACAAUCUUUUACGGCAACGCUUUCAUCGUCUCCGCGCUGCCCAUAUGGCUGUUCUGGCGCAUUCACAACAUGGACCUGUGGCCCAGCUCCAUUUUGUUUGUGCUGGUGACUGCGGCUAGCACCUAUUUGAUGGCCACCGCCUACAAGAACAUCAAGUUCCAGCUGAAGCACAAGAUUGCCGUGCGCCGUGAGGAGGCUGUUACCCGCGAGGUCAACCGCCAGCUGGGCGAUGACAAGAAGGUCACGCGCAAGGAGAAGGACGAACGCAUCCUGUGGAAGAAGAACGAGGUUGCCGACUAUGAAGCGACCACAUACUCGAUUUUCUAUAACAAUGCCCUCUACCUGGCCAUCAUCAUUUUCAUCAGCUUCUUCCUGCUGAAGAAUGCCACGCCAUUUGUCAACUACAUCUUCUCCAUUGGCGUGGCCAGCGGUGUCCUGGCGUUGUUCUCUACCAGCGCCCAAACGAACUGAACAAUUUCAUGUACUCGUAUUGUUAGGCCCAUUAAGAGAUUCUUACCUUAAAGUGCGAGCAACAGAUUCCAUUUAUCACACUCGCAUCUUGUCUUGAUGUAAACAUUUUAGCUAUUUCGAAAAUAUCAGUUUUAUAAUGAAAUGUUGUCUUUCUUGUAGAAAGCUUUACAAACACUUCCAUGUGCAAAAUGUUUAAAUAAAUUUGUAAAACCCAAAA